GAUUUUCUGUAGAUCUGUUCUUUUUAUUUCUACCCUGAUCAAAUAUGUUCAGAGUUUCUAACAGAUACAGAACUGAAAUCAUACUGCAUCUGUGGGCAUCUUUUAUGUAGCUGUGUCUGAAUUUGUGGUGUGAAACCCGUUUCCUGUUGCGCAGAUCUGUUUGCUUUGUCUUUACUCAUCAGUUUUAUAACAGAGCUGCACUGAAGUCUGGCUUUUGAAGCUUCCUCUACAGAUCAGAAGAAGAUUUAUAUAGAAAGUUUAUGAUCAGAAUGAUCUAAAAGCUAAAUUCUAUUCUAUUUAGAAGCUGAGGACUAAAAGCUCAUAGACUGAUACAGCUCUGCUCACAGCAGGAGCAGUCCUACAGGAUGGAAGGUGAUCCACAAGUGUUGGAGGAUGAUCCAGAUCAAAAAGAACUGGUCCAGAACACCACAGCUCAGAUGGGAGGGAAUGUCAUUGCACCUGUUCUACAUGGAAAUGUGUUUCAUGGCCCAGUUCACAUUAAUGCUGUAGCUGAAUCUCAGCAUGAAGGUGGAGCAGGUGGAGGACAGGUAAUGAGUGAGAGUUCAGCAGCCUCUUAUACUGCACUGACUGCAGAUGAACCGCCCUGGCUCAAGUUGAAGUCCAUCCUGAAAGUGAGCUACGAGCGUUUACUAAUUGGGAGUUCACAGACAGGUCAUCAGGAGUUUCUGGAAGAUAUCUACACUGAUCUCAUUAUAGUGCAGAAUAAAAGUGGAGGAGUCAUUAAUGAGCAUGAAGUGAUGCAAAUAGAGAUGUCUCCCAAUAAAGCUGGCAGUGAGGAAGAGUGUAUAAAAUGCUGUGACAUUUUUAAAGUCCAGCCGGGUACAGGUCGACGGAACAGAAAACUGAUGACAAUGGGAAUUGCAGGAGUCGGCAAAACUGUGUCAGUCAACAAAUUCAUACUGGACUGGGCAAAAGGAGAGGAGAACCAGGACAUUCAAUACAUUUUCCCUCUGCCCUUCCGUGAACUAAAUCUGAAGAAAGAUAAAAAGUUAAGUUUGAUUAAACUACUGAAUAACUGCUUUUUCUCCUCAAAGCCUGUACUGAAAUCUCUUCCAGAGGAAGAUGGUAAAGUGCUGUUUAUUUUUGAUGGGCUGGAUGAGUAUCGUUACUCACUGCAGUUUGAAGAUGGAGAGGAAGUAAAAGAUGUGAAUGAGAAAAGAAAAGUGGGCUCACUGAUCACAAAUCUCAUCAACAGAAAUCUGCUUCGCUUUGCUCUAGUCUGGGUAACUUGUCGACCAGCAGCAGCACAUCUGAUUCCCCAGCAAUACUUCGAUUUGACAACAGAAGUACGAGGAUUUAAUGAUGAACAGAAGGAGGAGUACUUCACCAAAUACUGUAAAACAGAGGAUGUAGCAGAGAAAAUAAUUUCACACAUAAAGAAGUUAAAGAGUCUCCACAUCAUGUGUCAAAUCCCAGUCUUCUGCUGGAUCUCUGCCACUGUGCUUCAGCCACUGAUGGAUAAAGAAAGUGAUGAGAACAUCCCCACAACCCUGACAGAAAUGUACAUGAGCUUCCUACUGCAACAGAAAAACCUGAUGAAGGAGAAAUACAGUAAGAAGACCGACACUGACCCUGAGCCCACCAUUCUGAAGCUUGGUGAACUGGCCUUCUGUAAUCUUGAGAGAGGAGAGCUGAACUUCUAUAAGAAUGAUCUUAAGAAAUGUGGGAUUGAUGUUACUGAUGGUACAGUGUUCUCAGGAGUGUGUACGCAGAUUUUUAGCCAGCAGAAGGGAAUUUCUGAGAGGAACAUUUUCAGCUUUGUGCAUCUGAGUGUUCAGGAAAGCCUUGCAGCUGUAUAUGUGCAUCACUUACACUGCAAUAAGAAGAAGAAUGUGUUCAACAAGAAAACUUUCUGGAACAAACUUCCAUGCAUAAAUAACACAGUAACAGAUCUGCAUAAUACUGCAGUGGACAGAGCUUUGCAGAGUGAAAAUGGACACCUGGACCUUUUCCUCCGCUUCCUCCUCGGCCUCUCAGUAAAGGACAGUCAGGAGGUCCUGACCGAACUUCUGCCAAGCCUGAAGAUCAAAGCAGAGAACGUUAGCAACACAGCUAACUACAUUAAGGAGAAACUGAAAGAGGAAAUGCACUCUGACAGAAGCCUGAAUCUCCUGCACUGCCUGAGUGAACUGAAGGACAACUCACUCACUGCUGAAAUCCAGAACUUCCUGAACUCGGGAACUCUCUCAAAACAGGAACUCUCAUCUACACAGUGGUCAGCUCUGGUCUUUGUUCUGAUGAUGUCAGAGGAGACUCAGGAGAAGUUUGAACUGAAGAAAUACAGAGCGUCAGAAGAAGGACUGAGGAGAUUACUGCCUGUGGUGAAAAACACACAGCGAGCUCUGUUGGAUUGCUGCAGUCUUAGUAAGAAUAUCUGUGAAACACUGGCAUCAGUACUCAUCUCAGAUUCAGCACUGAUAGAACUGAACCUCAGCAAAAAUGACCUGCAGGAUUCAGGAGUGGAGCUGCUCUCUGCUGGACUGAAGAGUUCACACUGUAAACUGCAGAUUCUCAGGUUGGAUUGCUGCCGCCUCACUGUGAACGUCUGUGAAACACUGGCAUCAGUACUCAUCUCAGAUUCAGCACUGCUAGAACUUGACCUCAGCAACAAUGACCUGCAGGAUUCAGGAGUGCAGCUGCUCUCUGCUGGACUGAAGAGUUCACACUGUAAACUGCAGAUUCUCAGAUUAUCUUCAUGUAAUCUUGGUGUAAAGACAUGUGAAACUCUGGGAUUAGAUUUAGUGGAAAAUUCCUCCCUGAAAGAGCUGGACCUCAGUAACAAUGACCUACAGGAUUCAGGAGUGGAGCUGCUCUCUACUAGACUGAAGAGUUCACAUUGUAAACUGCAGAUUCUCAGACUACCUUCAUGCAAUCUUAAAGUAUAUACAUGUGAAACUCUGGAAUCAGUUUUCAAACUGGAAAACUCCUCCCUGAAAGAGCUAGACCUUAGUAACAAUAAUCUGCAGGAUUCAGGAGUGGAGCUGCUCUUUGAUGGACUGAAGAGUUCACACUGUAAACUGCAGAUUCUCAGAAUAGCAUCAUGUAAUCUUGGAGAAAAAACAUGUAAAAUUCUGGGAUCAGUUUUAAACCUGGAAAUCUCCUCCCUGAAAGAGCUGGACCUCAGUAACAAUGACCUGCAGGAUUCAGGAGCAGAGCUGCUCUCUACUGGACUGAAGAGUUCACACUGUAAACUGCAGAUUCUCAGAUUAUCUGGGUGCAUGAUCACAGAAAUAGGCUGUUCUUCUCUGGCUUCAGCUCUGAGUUCAAAACCUUCCCACCUGAAAGAGCUGGAUCUGACCUACAACCACCCAGGAGAGUCAGGAGAGAUGCUGCUUUCUGCCAGACUGGAGGAUCCAGACUGCUCACUGGAGACACUCAGAAUGGAACAUGGAGGGAAGAUUAGAAUCAAACCUGGAUUAAAGAAAUAUGGCUGUGAUUUCACACUGGAUCCAAACACAGUAAAUCCUCAUCUCUCUCUGAGUGAGGAGAACAGGAGGGUGGAGAAUAGAGGGGAGCUACAGUCGUAUCCUGAUCAUCCAGAGAGAUUUGAUGUGUGUCUGCAGAUUCUAAGUAGAGAGAGAGUUACUGGGCGCUGUUACUGGGAGGCUGAGCAGAUUGGAGAAGGUGGAGCUGAAGUAGCUCUGAGUUAUAAAACCAUCAGCAGGAAAGGAGGAGGAUCAGACUGUGAGUUUGGAGGGAAUAGAAACUCCUGGAGUCUGAUCUGCUCUGAUAACAGUUACUCUGUUCAACACAAUAAUAACAGAACUGUUCUCUCCACUCCUCCCUCCGGCUGUAAGAGAGUAGGAGUGUAUGUGGACUGUCCCUCCGGCACUCUGUCCUUCUACAGAGUCUCCUCUGAUACACACUCACACACACCCUCACAAACACACUCACACACUCUCACACACUUACACACAUUCUACACCACCUUUACUCAGCCCCUCUAUGCAGGGAUUAGGCUUUAUUAUACUGGCUCCUCAGUGCAUCUGUGUAAGAUUGAGUAAACCUGUGUAAGAUUGAGCAAACUUGUGUGACAUUGAGUAAGCCUGUAUGAGAUUGAGGAAACUUGGGUGAGAUUAAGUAAACAUUUGAGAUUGAGUAAAACUGUGUAAGAGUUAGUAAACAUCUGUAAGAUUGAGUAACCCUUUGUAACAUUGGGUAAACUUGUAUAAGAUUGAGUAAACCUGUGUGAGAUUGAGUAACCUGUGUAAGAUUGAGUAAACCUGUGUAAGAUUUAGUAACAAUUGGUAACGUUGGGUAAACUUGUAUAAGAUUGAGUAAACCUGUGUGAGAUUGAGUAACCUGUGUAAGAUUGAGUAAACCUGUGUAAGAUUGAGUAACCCUUUGUAACAUUGGGUAAACCUGUAUAAGAUUGAGUAAACCUGUGUGAGAUUGAGUAAACUUGUUUAAGAUUGAGUAAACCUGUGUAAGUUUGAGUAAACCUGUGUAAGUUUGAGUAAACCUGUGUGAGAUUGACUAAACCUGUGUGAGACUGAGUAAACCUGUGUAAGUUUGAGUAAACCUGUGUGAGACUGAGUAAACCUGUGUGAGAUUGACUAAACCUGUCUGAGAUUGACUAAACCUGUCUGAGACUGAGUAAAUCUGUGUGAGAUUGAGUAAACCUGUGUGAGAUUGACUAAACCUGUGUGAGACUGAGUAAACCUGUGUGAGAUUGAGUAAAUCUGUGUGAGAUUGAGUAAAUUUGUGUGAGACUGAGUAAACCUGUGUGAGAUUGACUAAACCUGUGUGAGACUGAGUAAACCUGUGUGAGAUUGAGUAAAUCUGUGUGAGAUUGAGUAAACCUGUAUGAGAUUGAGUAAAUCUGUGUGAGACUGAGUAAAACUGUGUGAGAUUGAGUAAAUCUAUGUGAGAUUGAGUAAAUCUGUGUGAGAUUGAGUAAAUCUGUGAUUCGGGGACUAUUAGAAGAACAAGCUGUAUAAAUGCUUUCUAAUUUAGUCUAAAGACGGACUUGUUCAAACUGCUUCAUUCAUCUACAGUUAGUGUACU